AUGGUUCUGCCAGCUUUCGUAUUUCUUCCACUUUAUAUGUACCCAUACAACUCGACUUCAUGGAGUACACUUACCACCUCAGUCGUCGCCAAUCCAGAACUCAAGUUUCAUGUAAUUGUUGCCCCCAAUUUAGCGUUUACGGACCCAGAUAUCAACUAUGUUGCAAGCGUUACAAAUCUAAGUAGCUAUGCAAAUGUCCUGACUCUUGGCUAUGUCUAUACCUCUUACGGAAACCGAGAUGUUUUGGAAAUCGAAGCAGAAAUCGAUAAAUAUGUCGCAUGGAACUUACCAACCGAGCUUCCAAUAGGCGGGAUUUUCUUCGAUGAGACGCCAUCGAACAACUCAACAUUCCCGUAUAUGAGUACACUUACCACAUACGCGAAAACAUCAUUAGGAGCUGGCAAAGAUUACAUAUAUCUUAAUCCCGGUGUUGCGGUCGAUGCAUCCUUCUAUACACUGGCUGAUAGCAUCAACAUAUUCGAAGAGUCUCAUGCGAACUUCAACAAAACUUCAUUGAGUAGUUUGGAUAAUUCCUUACUAGCUAAGUCAACAUAUGCAAUUCAUGAUUUCACCGGAACUAUAACGGAACAAACUGCUCUCGUGAAUCAGCUUGCGUCUGCGAACCUAGCAGGGAUGCUCAUAACUACACAACCUGGGUACACGGAGUGGUCAAGCUUAUGGUCUUCGUUCUCCUCCGAAGUAAACACUUUGAAUCUUGGUAAUGGGACCGGAGGUGGUGGCGGUGGUGGCGGAGGGGGCAAUGGAGGUGGUGGCAAUGGGGGCCAUGGCGGAGGAGGGGGAGGGGUGAACAAUGGGGGACAUGGGGGGCACGGAGGUGGAGGAAACAACGGUGGACAUGGAGGGGACGGAGGCUAUGGUGGCGAUGACGAGUGCGAUGAUGGUGAUGAUGAUGAUGACGACGACGACGAUGAUGAAGACGAUGGAGACGACGACGACGAUGAAAAUGAAGAUGAUGAUGAAUAUUGA